UUCCAGAUUGUUGUAGAAGCAGUAGAUGGCUUGGCGAGCAAGUUGAUUGCAUUCUGUAUGCAUCCCCCCUUUUCCUUCUUCUUCUUUUUAAUAUAAAAAGGAAGGCAAAAGCCUAAAAGACGAUAUAUGCGCAAGUGUUUGAUGGUGGGACCCACUUAAAUUCCCCCCAACUUCUAAGGCAAGCAAGAGCAGCGUGUAUGCUGGCGCAUAUAACUUCUCAGCCAAGUAGCCACGUCAGCUUCUGUCCCUAUUAUGACAUACUUUUGCCAAAUUCCCACGCUCGCACAUUCUCUCGCUAAACCAAAUGUUCCCUUAACUCUGCUCUGCUCUGCUUGUUAUUUCCCGCGUUUCUGUUUCUUUAAAUUUUUAUAUUUUUUCUAUUCAGAGAUAAAGACGUCAUUCCCUCUCAAAUUAACCCACUUCUUAAUUCCCCCAUUUUUGGGAGAGGAAUGAAACAUUACUUCUUAUCUGGUUGGUAUAUUUUUAAUAUUUCCAAAGCAUUUAUACAUUAAUUGCUUUUCAUCUUUCUCUGCUAUCGUUUUUUCAAUUUAACUUCGUUUUUUUUUUUUUUUCUCUUUGCUUGUGUCUUUUGCUUACAGCUAUGACAAUUCCAACACGGUCAGACCAUUCAAUUCCGCUAGUUGGAUAUAGAUUCCAUCCCACCGAUUAUGAAGCGGCUGAUCAUUUUUUGAAGCGAAAAAUGAUUGGCCGUGAUAAUGGCAAGCCACCAAUCUCUCAAAUUAAAGUUUGUGAUUUUGAGCCUUGUGAUAUUCCUGCUCUUGUCAACGCAAAAUUAGAGGAUCAAGUGUGGUAUUUCUUUUGUCCCCGCGACUACCAAGUAUUUGCAUAGUAGGCGGUCUAACCGGAGAACGAAGGCUAGAUACUGGAAACCUACCGGCAAGCCUCGUAAGGUGAAGGCUAAGCGUACCGAGGAAGAGAUUGGUACAAAAAGAAGUUUGGUCUUUUAUAUUAAAGAUCAUCCUAAACCGAGAAGGACCAAGUGGAUCAUGCACGAACAUGAAUGCAGUCCAAAUUCCACCUUGGCAACUCAGGGGAAUUUUCUCCUUUGUAAAUUAAAGUCAAAGCUGGAUGAGAAUAUCAACAAGGAGGAACCAAGUCCUGUGGCUUCGGCUUCUGUAUUUGAAGAUCAACUUAAGAAAGAUUGAGACUUUUAGACCAAGCUUUCAGCAAAAGCAGUGGGCAGGGCACUAGUUCCGGAACUUAAACUAUCGUUUGAGCAUGUGAGUCAGGAAGUGUUGGUGGUAGAAGGAAUUUCAAAUGAAAUAGCUGCUAAUUCAUCUUCGGAUGAAUAUGAACCGAGCAUCGGUUCAACUAUUGGCUUUGAAAAUCAUAAUUUGAUUAAGAUGACUGCUAUGUCAACCUAUGACAAAGGUGACCUGAAUUGUGUCAAAAGCCCAGUUGUGAAAGGCCCUAGCCCUACGUUUCAGGUGCAAGUCACUAAGGAAUAGCAGAGGAUAAGCUAAAGGAAAGAGGUGUUGAGCUGUUGGUUGUUAUUUGAAUAGAUUUGUUUGCUAGCUAAAGUUUGUUAUUGUUGUAGCAUUGUUGGUCACUCUUUUGUCAAUAUUCCUUUCUCUUGUGGAAAUGAUUAGUUGAAUAUGACAGCUGUUAAAUCGUUAUUUUAAUUUGUCUUUUUGCCAAUUAUACUCUAUUUAUUCCUUGUUUUUGAGAGGUUGUGGAUGCAGAAUUUUAUCAAUGAAUAUCAAGCCAUUUUUGACGGUUUCUCUCAAAAGCUUCUUUCUAUUUUCUUAUUCUUAAGCUUCUCUCAUUUUCGAUUUCUUAUUCCGUUGCAAUCCAACUCUGAUGAGCCAGGAUCUUGACAGUUUGGUAUCAGAGCAAAUAGAUCUUGGUGAGACUAUAGCCGCUAUGGCGAAGAAGAAAGCUACGGUUAAUGAUGGGUCUGGACUCCAAUCAAUGGAGGAACAAAUGAAGAUACUGGAUCAAAGGUCUGAAGAAUUUUGCAAGGAGGUCUUUGUUCAUUUGGAAAUGCAAAAUCAGCAGUUCCAUGCACAAAAAGAAGCCCAGGAAAUGGCACAAACUUCUCGGCAAGCAUUACAACAACAGAUGGCACAAAUGAUGGAGAUGCUUCAAACUUUGUCUACUAGUACAGCUCCUAAAGUUCAUCAAUCAAUUCCUAUAUCAGUGCCACCAGUUCCUGUAGCAGCUGAGGGCAGGCAACGCCACAUCAAUUUGGGCAGCGCAAAUAUUGAAACUCAGACAAAAACUCAUCAUGGUAGUACCAACAAUGAUAGUCGAGGUAUACUUCCAUCUCCCUCUACUAUAAAUAGAAAUGUUACUAGACAAAAAAUUGGUCAAUCUGUCGUAAAAUUUGGGCAGACAAACUAGAACUCCAGUUUUGGAAGUAUGGGAGGCAGGAUUCCAAAAGUGGAGUUAUCUCACUUUGAAGGGAAUAAUCCUAGACUGUGGAUCAGAAAAUGUGAGAAAUAUUUUCAGUUGUACUCUAUUCCAAAUGAGAUAUAGCAUUUUUGUAUUUAGGGGAUAGAGCUGAUAUAUGGUACCAAGGAUGGCAGGCUCAAACUAGAAGUAGUGAUUGGGGUAAGUUUAGUGAAGAGCUAUGUAGGAGAUUUGGGGAAUUAGCAGUUGAGGAUGUUGUUGAAGAAUUCAAUAAAUUAAAGCAAAAGAACUCUGUGUUAGAAUACCAAGAAAAAUUUGAGGAACUUAAAUCCUUGAUGCUUAAAUAUCACCCUUGGCUAGAUGAACACUAUUUUGUCUCUAGUUUCAUCAGUGGAUUAGGGAAAGAGCUGAGACCCUUGGUAAAGCUUUUCAAACCCAAUACUUUAAUACAAGCUUGUGAGCAAGCAAGACUUCAAGAGUAGUCCUUUCAAGCUCUCCUCAGAAACAUAAGUUUUCUAUCUCUACCAAAGCUCAAAGUUCAUCCUCCACUUUUAUUAAAAGCCAACUUAAUUUCUCUAGUAGCACCAAAAUAUCACUUAAACUUGAAACACUUAACCCUUCCAAUUCAAACACUAGUCAAUCCGACACUUUCAGAACCAAUUCAUUGCCAAAAAGGAGUUACGGGCGGUGUUACAAAUGUGGUGAUGAGUACUUUGUGGGGCAUGUAUGUAAUAAGCAAUUAAAUGUGCUCACGGGUGUAGAAGCAGAGGAAGAAGAAGUCAAAGAAGGGGAUGAGAGAGUGAUAGAGUCAGAAAAUGUAGAGGAUAGUAUUGAGAUAUCCCUUCAUGCCAUUGAGGGCAUUGAGGCAGCCAAUUCCUUGAAAAUUAGAGGGGAGGUAAAUGGAAAGCAAAUAAUGGUUUGGUUGAUAGUGGAAGCACCUAUAGUUUUAUGGAUGCUAAAAUGGUUAAAAACAUAGAUUGGCCUAUUUCUAAGGCAAAAACACUUUGGGUUACGGUUGCUAAUGGACAGCAUAUGAUCAGCAAAAAAACAUGUGAGAAGUUUAGGUGGAAGAUGCAUGGUCAUGAAUUUGAUUAUAGUUUCAGGGUUCUAAAGUUGAGAGGGCAUGACAUGGUUUUAGGUGUGGAUUGGAUGAGGCAUUUUAGCCCUAUGUCCUUUGAUUUUAUGAAAAUGACAUUGUCAUUCAAGUAUAGUGAGGAGAAUGUGUUUCUUGCUGGUAUUACUGAAAAGGGGGAAUUAAGGUCUAUGACUUGUAAAAGUUUACAGAAAUUGAUGAAGAAAGGGUGGCAUAAGCUAACUGGACAAUUAUUUUCUGUAUCAUGUGUUACCAGCCCCGAAAAUUAUACACUCAAACCUACCUCUAAAAAUCCACCGAUUUCCGAACCAAUCCAAGGCAUUAUUCUGAUGGGUUUGCAGAAUCCAAUACACUACCACCAACAAGAAACUUUGAUCAUGCCAUUCCAUUAGGACCAUAUUCUCAACCAGUAAAUAUAAGGCCUUACAAGUAUCCCUACUUUCAGAAAACUGAGAUUGAAUAGCAAGUGGCAGAAAUGUUGAAUAAUGGCAUCAUCUAACCAAGUAACAGCCUCUUUGCAUCUCUUGUACUCCUUGUUAAGAAGAAAGAUGGGAGUUGGAGGUUCUAUGUCGAUUAUAGGCAACUUAACACUCAAACGGUAAAGGACAAGUUUCCAAUUCCUGUGAUUGAAGAUCUUCUAGAUGAGUUGAAUGGAGCCUCUUUCUUCACCAAACUAGAUUUAAGAUCCGGUUACCACCAUAUUAGAGUUACAGCAACUGAUGUUCCUAAAACUGCCUUUCGCACACAUCAUGGUCAUUAUGAAUUCUUGGUUAUGCCAUUUACGCUAACAAAUGCUCUUGCCACUUUCCAAGCUCUAAUGAAAAAAGUGUUUGGUGCUUAUCUUAGAAGGUUCAUAUUGGUGUUCUUUGAUGACAUACUCAUUUAUAGCAGCAGCAUAAAGAACCACCUUCAACAUUUGAACACUGCCUUACAGCUGCUUAGGAAGCACCAAUUAUUUGUCAAACUGACGAACUGCACUUUUGCACAUCCUCAAGUGGAGUAUUUGGGACAUAUCAUUGAUCAAAGAGGUGUCAGCACUGAUCCUAGCAAGAUUAUAACGACGAGGGAAUGGCCCACUCCAAUUGAGAUUAAAUCCUUGAGAGGAUUCCUGGUAUUGACUGGUUAUUACAGGAAGUUUAUAAAAGGUUAUAGAGUCAUCAGUAGACCAUUGACAGAGCUCCUCAAGAAAAAUUCCUUUUAUUGGAGCUCUACAGUUGAAGAGGCAUUUCAGCAACUCAAACAAGCCAUGUGGAAAAGGAAUGGGAGCGGUACUAAUGCAAAACCAAAAACCUUUAGCUUAUAUUAGUAAGGCUUUUGGCAGGAAGCAGAUGGAUGCAUCAGUAUAUGAGAAAGAGCUAAUGGUCAUACUUUUUGCAGUAGGAAAAUGGAGACAUUAUUUAUGCAAUGCUCUAUUUAUUAUAAAGACUGACCAAGAGAGCAUCAAGUUCCUUUUACAGUAGAAGCUUUAUUCACAUUUACAACAAAAAGGACUCUCUAAAUUGCUAGGGCUGGAUUUUAGCAUCUUAUAUCGCAAGGGAGUCGAAAAUAAGGCAGCAGAUGCCCUUUCAAGGAAGGGUUGGCCUGAAGAUGGAAUAGGCAGCUGCUAUUCUCUUAUUUCUGCUGUACCACCACUAUGGAUGGAAGAGGUUAUCAGCAGCUAUAAUGGUGACAAAACAAUUUCAAGUAUCCUAAAAGCUUUACUUGUUGAUGGUAAGUCCAAGGAGCCAUAUGUUUGUAUUAAUGGCCUUCUUAGAUAUAAAGGCAGAAUUAUGAUUAGUGCCAAUAGGGAUUUGAGAUCCAGAAUUCUGCAAGAAUGUCAUAAUUCUCCUAUGGGUGGCCAUUCUGGUAUUAAAAGUACUUAUGACAGGGUUAAGGCUUUUUUCUUUUGGCAAGGAAUGAAGUCUGAUAUAUAUACUUGGGUAUUGCAGUGUGAGGUGUGUCAGAAAUUUAAGACCGAGAAUGUUGCAUUCCCUGGCUUAUUACAUCCCUUGCCAAUUCCUGACAGAGCUUGGGAAUCCAUCUCCAUGGACUUCAUUGAGCAUCUCCCUCAGUCUGAAAGCAAGGAUACUAUUAUGGUUGUUGCAGACAGAUUCUCUAAGUAUGCUCAUUUCAUACCUUUGUCUCACACUUUUACAGCUUCAAAGGUGGCACAAUUAUUUCUUAGCCAUAAUUACAAGCUUCAUGGGUUGCCUAAAGAUAUAACUACAGACAGAGACAAGAUCUUCACUAGUGUGUUUUAGCAAGAACUCUUUAAAAUGGUGGGAGUUAAACUCAAUUUGAGCACCUCCUAUCACCCUCAGUCUGAUGGCCAAACCGAAAGAGUUAACAUGUGCUUGGAAAAUUACCUGCAAUGUAUGACUUUCCAAAAGCCUAAGUCAUGGUGCAAAUGGCUCUACCUAGCUGAGUGGUGGUAUAACACUACUUACCAUACUAGCCUGAAAAUGUCUCCAUAUCAAGCUUUAUAUGGGCAUCCUCCUCAACAACUCACUAUAGUGCCUGCUACCUCAACUUAUAUAGCUACUAUGGAUGAAUUGCUGUAACAGAGAAGAGAAAUGGACCAGAUCAUCAAAGAUCAAUUAUUGAUGGCUCAAAACAGGUACAAACAGUUUGUUGACCAAAAAAGAAGUGAAAGAGCAUUUGCAGUAGGGGAUUUAGUUCUUUUAAAAUUGCAACCUUAUCGACAGAAUUAUGUAGUUAUCAGAAAAUGCAUAAAACUGUCAGCUAAGUUUUAUGGUCCUUACAAAGUGCUGGCCAAAGUAGGUCCCAUGGCCUAUAAAUUGGAAUUGCCUCCAGGUUUCCAGAUUCAUCCUAUCUUCCAUGUUUCCUUGCUAAGACAAUUCAAAGGAGACUCCACUAGUUGUUCAUCACAAUCCCCAACUUUACACAAAAGUGGAGAGUUAAAAGUAUUUCCCUUGGCGAUUCUUCAACACAAAGAAGUUAUUAGAAAGAAGCUUCCAGUUCAACAAGUAUUAGUUCAAUGGGCUAAUCUAUCUGCAGAUGAUGCUACUUGGGAGGAUCUGCGAUUUCUGAAAUGUCAAUUUCCAGAUUUUUUCUUGAGGACAAGGAAGUUCUUCAAGAAGGGGGUAAUGUCAAAAGCCCAGUUGUGAAAGGCCCUACGUUUCAAGUGCAAGUCACUAAGGAAUAGCAGAUGAUAAGCUAAAGGAAAGAGGUGUUGAGCUGUUGGUUGUUAUUUGAAUGGAUAUAUUUGCUAGCUAGAGUUUGUUAUUGCUGUAGCAUUGUUGGUCACUCUUUUAUCGAUAUUCCUUCUGUUGUGGAAAUGAUUAGCUGAAUAUGACAGCUGUUAAAUCGUUAUUUUAAUUUGUCUUUUUGCCAAUUAUAGGCUAUUUAUUCCUUA